CCGGCCGGCCGGGGAGGGAGAGAUAACUCUUGGCAUCCCCGAGCCCUGUUCCUGCCGGCGGGCACACGGCGCGCACCGCCCCUCUGCAAACGCUACGCGCUGGCGGACCUGUCGCCUCGGCUGUGUGCGGGGCCGGGCAGCGCCGCAGCUCCGUCCCCGCUGUGCGCUCCCCGCGGUGUGCCUGGGACCGCCCGCCCCGCGCUGCACAGGGACCCCGAAGUGGCACCCUCUCCCCCGCGCUGCCCGUGCUCCCUGUGAAAGAAACUUGUGCCUUUCUGUAAUGACAGUGACAUGCUCCUCUUCUGUUAUUUCUAAGUCAUCCCAUUACUGCUUUGCCUAAGCGUUGCUCUGCCAUCACCGCUUUUCCGCCCACGCAUCAGCUCCCUUUGCAUACCGCAUCUGCACGGAAACGGUGUGGAUACACGUACAAAAAAGGGAAACGUAUUUCUUUGAAUCCCAGGAGCCUUGAUACUUGAAAAGUAGUUGAGAUACUUUACCAUAAGAAGUGAAUCUACUUGGUUGCCUUUUUGAGAUACUUACAAUUUCAUGGCCGUAAACUUCGUUCAUGCUUUCUUCUGUCUUGUAUUACAGUUUUCUUGCUAUUGUGAAAAGCUUUGGUUUCCUAUUAUGUCACCCCUAUUUCGUAGGAUGUUAGAGAAUAAAUAAUUUUUGACAUUUAGAGACAAAGUUAAGGAUCAGUUCCAGUUUCUAAUAUGUUUUUCUCUUAAUAAUUCAUACUGGAAUUUUAAAGCAUAAUGCUGAGGAAGUUUUAAAUGAUACUUUUAAAAGUAAGGCAGUUUACAGCCAGUAACUGCCUUUUGUAAGGCAGUUUACAGCCAGUAACUUGUAAGUAUUUAUAAAUAAUUUUACUAAUUAAGAGCACUGAAAAUAGCAUUUUCUUUUAAGUUGUAUUUCUAACCUUCUACUCUUAAAUCUGGAGGGAGAUUCUGAUAAGAUGAAAACACUCAUCUUAUCUAUGUGCAUGCUGAGCUGUAGAAUUGGCUGGUGUAUAGUGUGUGUUUCCUGCAAGCACAUUUUGAAUCUGAGCCAGGGGCCUUUGUGUGAAGUGGUAGGGAAAUGGCAGUUACCUGGACACUGGGACAUGUGCCAGGUAUUUAGAUGAGGGAUGGCAUCAGAUUAAAACACAUUACCAGGGAUGUUGCUUUAGUAUAUAGGUAACUAUAUGCUUGGAAAUAUAGAAUAUGUAUGCAAAACACAUCCAAUGUGAGGAAAUGUUCAUUAAAAUGACUCAGUGGGACAGAAGUCAAGAGAGUUCAGUAGGGCAAUAUCCUUUAAUGCAAAGUUAUUGCCUGUGAGCAUGACUGUUCAAUUUUACUUGGAAGUUUAGUGUUACUCCCUCAGUUAAUCAGUUCUCUUCAGGCUGCUUAAAAAUACUUUGGUCUGAGGCCAGCAUACAUAUUCUGGAUCAGUAGUAAUUUAGAAAACCAGAGUUGGCUUGUUUUUAAGGAAACAAACAAAGCUGAACCUGAGAGGGAAGGCUGUUCUCCCCCUGAGUGCCCUCAGCUCCCCCUUGGCUCUGUCAGCCAGGCUGGUGUGGCCUCAGUCCCAGCGAGGGUUUGAGUGGGACCUCAGCUCCAUUAUGCCAGAGGCACUCUGCUCACUGGAGACGUGCACAGGAAAGCUGUUACCUGCUGUGGCAGUAUUGCCUUUAAGUUGCCGUUUAAUUUAACAGUAGCCACGUUAACAAGCUUAGGAUAGCAUUUAUGUUUAGGGUUUACUGAUAGAUUUUUCCAAACAUCAAAAUAUGUAGGUGGGUAUACUAUGGAUAUUAGAGCUAAUUUUGUCUUUUAUGUGCCAUUUUUAUUUCCUUGUUUGGCAUUACACCAGUAUUAUGGUGAUUAAAUGCUGAAAUUGUAAGCACAGUCUCUUUGUUUAAUGGAUUGUAAUUUUUUCCUUGUUGGUAAGGAACACGGCUCUGUGAAGAGAUUGUGUCCUGCAUUAUUGGUUUAACAUACUAGCACAUCAGCUUUUUGGUAGAGAAUGUGCAAAACUGAAAACCAGAAAGAUUUUGUUGUAAAAAAUGCGGUAGUUUUAAAUUAUUCCUUCAGAUAUAAUAUAAAACAGCAUGGUAACUCUUCAAUAACAACACCAGUCUCUUUUUUUUGGCAGUGACAUUACUAAUUCACUACCUGCAUUGGUAACCAAAGGUUAAAAAUCACAUGGAAAUAAUUGUGAAACUUCACAUUUAGAAAUAGUUCAGAGAUUUGAUGUGCUCCUUGUGAUCAUCUUCACAGGUAAAUACUGAAUGUUUUUCAUUUAGGGUCAUAUAAAGAGAAAAGAGAGUUUUUGCAAGUUUGUGACAAAAACGUCUAGUUGAACAAUUUUUUUAGUAAACAUUAAAAUAUAACCUUCAACUGGGAAGAAGCCCAGAAUUAAAAAUAGAAGAAAAAUAAGAGUGAAGAUGUACGUUGUAAGCCAGUUUUGUAAUUAAAUGUAAACUUUAAACAUAUUCCUAAAGUAUGAUUUUUUAUAGCUUAAAAUUGCCAUUUUACCAGGUUGUUGAAUAUGGAAAGUUGUUUGGAGGACUAAUGAAAAGAUUUUCUAUUUGCUUGUUAUAGGAAUGAGAAAAAUACUCAUUCUAGAUCAGUAGGUACCAUCUUAGUGGCAGGCAACUGAAAGGUAACUCAAAUUAUAUAACUUUGUUGUGUCCACCAUGAUAGACUGUGUUGUAUAAAUAUUUGUUUCUUAAAGAAAGGGGAUAUUGAAUAUAACUUGCAGUGCUGGGUUAAAUAAUACAGAAAAUGAGUACACUGUCAGUUCAGAAUUGUACGGCCUGCUGAAUAAAGUACUUUUUAAACAGUGAAAAGUGAUAGCAAAUAGUUGAACGGUUUGGGGUGUGGGGAGGGAAACAAGAAGUUUCAUAUGCUCUGUAAUUACUGAAGGAUUUUUUAAACAAGAAGUUAAAAUGAACUUUCCCAUGCAGGUAUGCUGUUUUCUGGCUCCUCUAAGAAGAUAAUUUCUAAAUUUUACAGUUUUGAGCUACUUGAGGUUUGCAUUCAUCGCGUUAGAUCGUGCAGCAGCAUUCGCUUUAUAAAAUCAAAAUAUGUGUGCGUGUUUGACAAAUCUGCCCUCAAGUUUAGUCAUCAACAGCGAUUAUUCAGAACAUCUGCUGUUUCAUGUGGCCAAAUUGUCCAGUUUAAGCUUUCUGACAUUGGAGAAGGAAUUACAGAGGUGACUGUAAAAGAAUGGUACAUAAAGGAAGGUGACAGCGUAUCUCAGUUCGACAGCAUCUGUGAGGUGCAGAGUGAUAAAGCCUCUGUUACUAUCACCAGUCGUUAUGAUGGUGUCAUCAGAAAACUCCAUUACAGCAUAGAUGAUACUGCUUUUGUUGGAAAACCACUAGUGGACAUUGAAAUUGAUGCUUCAAAAGGUGUUGCCUCAGAAGAAGAUGUUGUUGAAACACCUCCUAUGUCUCAUGAAGAGCACACUCACCAAGAGAUAAAAGGUCACAAAACAUUAGCAACCCCUGCAGUUCGUCGCCUGGCCAUGGAGAACAAUAUUAAAUUGAGUGAAGUCGUUGGGACAGGAAAGGAUAAUAGAAUCCUUAAAGAAGAUAUACUCAACUACUUGGCCAAACAAACAGGAGCUAUUUUGCCUCUAUCACCGAAGGCUGAAAUUGUCCCACCUCAGCGGAAAGCAGAGGCUGUGCCAGCUGCUCCAAAGGACAAAGCACGCAAAAUUCCCGUGCCUGUUUCCAGACCCCUUGCAUUUUCAGAAAAAGAUAAAACGGAACCUGUAACAGGUUUUCAGAAGGCCAUGGUAAAAACUAUGAGUGCAGCCCUAAAGAUCCCCCACUUUGGUUAUUCUGAUGAGAUUGAUUUGACUCAACUUGUUCAGCUGCGAGAAGAGCUGAAACCUCUUGCUGAAAUCCGUGGAGUUAAGCUUUCCUUUAUGCCUUUCUUCAUAAAGGCAGCCUCUCUGGGAUUGCUGCAGUAUCCCAUUCUUAAUGCUUCUUUGGAUGAGAACUGUCAAAAUGUCACAUAUAAGGCUUCACACAACAUUGGAGUUGCAAUGGACACAGAGCAAGGUUUAAUUGUCCCAAAUGUGAAAAAUGUUCAAGUCUGCAGUGUGUUUGACAUUGCUGUGGAAUUAAAUCGCCUCCAGUCCUUGGGCUCUGCAGGCCAACUGGGAACAAGUGACCUCACUGGGGGAACAUUCACCCUUUCAAAUAUUGGCACAAUUGGUGGCACUUAUGCCAAACCAGUGAUACUACCUCCUGAAGUAGCUAUUGGAGCACUUGGAAAGAUACAGGUUCUUCCUCGGUUUAAUAGCAAAGGUGAAGUAAUUAAAGCACAAAUAAUGAAUGUGAGUUGGUCAGCUGAUCAUCGCAUCAUUGAUGGAGCUACAAUGGCCCGGUUUUCUAACUUGUGGAAAUCUUACUUGGAGAACCCUGCUUUGAUGCUGCUGGACCUUAAAUAAAGGAAAUCAUGGCUAGAAUAUGCCUUUAAACUCCGUGGAUUAGACUGAAUAGUUAUAAAAGCUUUCUCUUCUAACAUGUGCCCUUUGCUACGUGCAUUAUAUAAUAAUGUUAUGUGGUUGAAAGUUCUCAACAGCUGAUAUCAGUCUCAAUUAGUUGUUGCUUCUUUCAUUUUGUAUUGCUGUAAUUUCAUCUACAGCAGACUGUCAAACUGAAUAGGUCACAGCUUCUGAAUAUGGUGGUGGUGGAAUGUCUUUAUUUUGCGUUUUAUAAUAAGAAUGAUUGUCAGGCUGGUGUGACUGAGUGCCACUACUCUACACCUGCAGUAUAUAUAAUCUGAAGGGAAAUUUUGGAGGGGAAUACUCAUAGUACUUCUAUUUUGAACACAUAAAUUUAUUUUAACAAAUAAUAUCUGAAUUCCUAAAAGGGAUUAUACAAAAAUCAUAUACAAAUAAAAUACCUUUAAUGCUUCUGCUGUAAGAUGUCCAGAGAGAUUUUUGUUGUUUAACUGAGUAAACGUCUUAAGUAUUUUGCUAGUUCACUUUUUCUGGCAAUUAGUUGCACAGGUACUCUUUACCAAACUAUAAAUGAGGAGGCCAUAUUUAUUCAAAUGCUUUCUGACAACACUGAUUGGUAAAUAUAAAGGCCUUAAUACUCUCUAGAAUAUCCUAUAUUUUUAAAGGCUGAAAGUAGUUUCAGCUGUUAACACUUGCCAGUUAUUUUUAAUUCUUAUAGAAAGCAUCUGUCUUAAAAUGAAACAAGAAAGAAAGAGAAAACAAAAUAAAAAAAGAAGGAUCUUGUUUUAUUAUUCUGUCGCUAGGUAAGCCUGACAGUAAGCUGCUGAUGAACUAAAGCUUGCAUUCUGUUAUUGAUAUUCAGAUACUAGAAUCUGAUAGAUUAAUCAGAUUCAACAAAGAAUGGAUGUUAAAAAAUACUGUGAGAUAAGGUCUCCUUAAACUCAGAUACAAGGCACAUAAUGAAUAGGUUCAAGUUAAUGCUUUUAGAACAGAAAACUUAUGUGGCUUUAAGGUAAAAUAAACAGAUGAUGAAGACUGCACUGCUGAUUUAAUGGGAGAUAUGAAGAAAACUGUUGCAUACAAAUACCUUCUAAACACAUAAGUUUCACACAGCCAUGAGAAAAGACAGUUACAUAGCCUUAAAAAUGAAUUUGCAAUGCACAAAAUGGACAUUUUCUCCUUUUUUAGAUAUAUCAAAAACAAGAGCAUUCUUCAAAAUGGUAGACCAAAGUUGUCUAUUGCAUUUAGCUGUGAAGAUGUGAGACAGGCUACCAGAGGUAGAAUCCCUGCUAUCCAUCAUGCUGAGACUGAAUAAGAGAAAAGCUGGUAAUGUACGAAGGGGAGUGUGGCGCAUCCGUGUAAGGUGCUAUUAACAUUUCUAUUGUGGUAUAAGGGUCUUUUAUAUAAAAGUCAUUUCUUGCAAAGUUUAACUGUUAUAUCAUGCUUAUCACAUAUUUCAUUUUUAUCAGAUUUAUUUAUUCCUAAUAAAAAUGUAAAGCCACAAAA